CAUUUAUCGCGAGUUCACAUAUUUCGCGUGAGAAUAUCCAGAAUAAUGUCAGAAGAUGCUGCAGCGAUGUCAGAGCUGGAACAGGCUGCAGUAGCAGCUCGUGCGUUGCAAGAUGCAGGUGAUGGCGAACCAGUUGCUAAAAAGUUCAAAGGAGGUGAUAUGGACGAAAUUAAGUCCAUCCUGGUCACUAUCAACAAGGCUAUAUCGCUGCGGCUGGAUGCGAUUGAGUCAAGGCUGGACAAUGUCACUAAGACUUGUGAGAUGCUGGAGGUGCGGGUGAAUACACUUGGCACUACAGUGAAGGAACAAGUGGAAGCUUAUUCUAACAGGUUGUCAAAUGGCAAUGAUAAGAAGCAACCAGAUGGCAUGCAUGCACAGGAUAUGCAAAAGAGCAACGAUGGAGGGGCCUCAGGAUCAGACAGCGAGAUGAGGGCUAAUGAGCAAAUAGAUGACUCGGUGGAGCAUUCGCAGGACGCAUACAAUUAUAUAGGUAGGGGAGCUGUGACACUCAUCACACUAAACUCGUAUGAGGAUUACCCAGAUGGCUCUUGGAUGGGUGAUGAGAGCAACAUAGAAAUGAGAGUGCGAUGCCAAAUCACUCCCAAGGAACUGCUACACAUUAACACUGCUCACAAAACUCCAGAGAAGAUGGCACUGAGCCUUUUGGAUGCACUAUUUGACAGAGAGAUACAAGCAAUAUCAAACAUCUCUGGGACAGGAAAGCACAACAAGAAACAAUUAGACCCCUUGAUGGUUUAUGGCAUUCGAUGCCACCUUAUUCAUCAUUUCAACAUCAAUGAAAUUGAUUGGUAUAGAAUCAAGCAAAACCUUGACUCCAAAUGCCGGAGUGCCCACCGACGCAAGGUUAGAGGGCAGAACAUCUCUCCUGGCAAAGGGCCGCUUCACUCAUUUGGUGCAGGGAGCCAGAGUGAUGAGUCACAAGAUUAUCCUGGGGAGUUGUCUAUACAGCAGGAGGGUGAAGGAGAGGACCAGUCUGCCAUGGCUCUGGUGACAAUGCCCAGUGGAGAGCAAGUACAAGUGAUGCCAUCACAGAUACAUGUGCUGCACGCGACACCGGAGCAGAUCGCUCAGAUGCAGCAGGAGGGGCAGCUGGUGCUUGACGCUGACGGCAACCACAUCAUACAGCAGCUGGGUCUUCACGACGGCGCCCUCAUUGAAGCGUCCGACCUCGUCGCCGACACCGACGUGACCGAGCUGCCCGGCGAUGCACACGUCGCCUUCUCCGCCGACGGAGAGCCGCUCGUGUGCGAGGAGGACGACCCGGGGGCGACCCUGCAGAAGGAGCAGGAGGAGGGGGUGUUCCAGGCGGGGGAGGAGGAGGAGCAGGUGGUGGAGAGCGAGGCGGCAUACGUGGAAGACACGGACGAGACGUAGAGAGAGGCGGAGGCGGAGGCGAUUUGAGUGUUUGAAGGAAAUGGCGAGAAUUCAGCAGAACCCAUUCCAGUGCACGGAUAAAAAAUGGGAUCGGGAAAGAAACCUCAUCGGUUCACUUCUACGUGUAAAAUGUUAUAUUUGCCAUUAGAAAUUCCGUUUAUUCUUAGAAGUAAGUGAUACAGAACUCGAUGCGUACUUACUUCUCCAAAUACAUGGUCGUGCCUAGCACAGGAUUUUGCUUUAGGUAAACAUCUUAAAAUGAGUGUGAAAGUUGAGUCAUGAGGUGCAAGUGUUUAGCUCCACUCACGUUUCAGUUGAGUAAAAGUGUCGGCAUCAAUGCCUUUUAGCUAGUGUGUUGCUGGUAUGUCUGGGUGACUACAAGUACUCUAGUUUUUGAAAUGGGAGCCAUUUCUGGCUAAAUACAGCAUCGUACAUUAGAACUGCACCGUCUCUUGUAGCAUACCCAGAACGCUGGUGUUCUUUUCCAGUGGUGCCCUUAAUGAAUAAAAUGCUGCUUAAAUACAGCUGGCCAGCUGAUUACACACAUCUCAAUAUUAUAUAAUAUACACAUCUAGAUCGACUGGCCAGUCGAUCUAGAUGUAUGUAUACAUACAUACGUGCGCACUUUUUCACAGUGUCUGGUGGGUAUUUUCACCAUAACAUGCCCUGCAAUUUGCAGUGUGUGAACUUGGCUGUACAUGAUCAGCUGCCCAAGCCAAACAAAAAUAAACUCGCAGAACAACUUCGUAACCUGAUAUCCAAAACGAGAAAUCCUGGAAGAUUUGUGCGCAGGGGGAGAAUCUGUUCAGGUUGAAAUCUCGUGGCAACCUUAGCUGAUAUAAACCUAAUAGUCCCCUUGUUGGCUUGUCGUCUGAUAUCGAGUUUGUCCUUUGGUGACUGGUAUCCAAAUUUUUUACGUAUACAAUCUGGUAUUUCAUUUGAUAUCUAAUAUCUCGGGUGUCAUCGAGCUUAUGGCCUAAUAUUGAUUAUUGUUUGAUAUCCAGCUUAUAAUCAGAUAUCCGGCUUGUCAGUUGAUAUUCAACCUUAUUAGGUGAUAUCUAGCUUAUAAUUCGAUAUCCAGCUUAUCAUCUGAUACCCAGUUUAUCAUCUGAUACCCAGUUUAUCGGCUGAUAUCUAGCCUAUUGCUGUUAUGUAGCGUGUCUGAUAUUCAGCUCCUUGUGUAACUUACAUUUAGCUUUAUUACCGUCUGAUAACUAGUUUAUCACCUGAUGAAAAGCAUUUCGGCAGAUGUCCGGUUCUGUAUAGUUUGUUGUAAAUAUUCAAUUUUCGUAUUUAUAUUCUCAUGUGCCUAGUAUCAGUUUGUACAGCACGAUAAGCAAUUGUGGUUGAAUAAACAUGGAUGGUGUUUUAGUAUUGCUAA